AUGCCUAAGCGCAAACUUUCCGACCUCAACGGGUCUGAAGGCUCAGGAAUUGCCAAACCCCGCAAGAUGUCGAUGAUAGCCGUCCGACUUACGAACAAAUUCGACCAAAGCGUACAAAUAAUAAUCAAGGGUCUCAAAACUGCGCGUGGAUUCGAGAGACAGAAGUUGAGUCGCCGAGAGAAAGCCGCUAGGUCUCCCUAUGACUCUACAACCUUGGAGCGGUUGGGUGAGGAAGUGCAGGCUUUGAAGAAGCUAGACUAUCAAGCUAUCGCCGAUAAAUAUUUGUAUAAGCAGCUCUCCAAGACAAAGCGGAUUGCGGAGUCCCCAAUCUUCCUGGAAUUCCAAGAAGGAAAGAAUAUCUCCACCGAUGGACCCAAGAGCGCCGCAGAAUCCAAUAUCCUGGGACGACUAUUCAAGGCCACCCCUGUGAAGAAUGUCGUACCUAAUCUUAUAGCGGAGAUUCGGAAAUUAAUAGGAGUAGAUGAUCUUCCGGCUGGAAAGCAGGACAAGGCGGGGGCUAAGAAGAAUGCGCCAACAAAAGAGAAUGUCGAAAAACCUAAGCGCCAGGACAAAGCAGUGUCAGUUUCUGAAUCUGAAUCCGGAGAUGGACCAAGACAGGGAGCAGAUCUAAACGUAUCCGAUGGCAAUGAAUCGGGCGAUGAAGAUUUCUCGCAAUUCGAUUCACGACUUGCUCCAGGCUCAGGCUCCGAGGCUGAGGAUUCCGAGGAUGAAGACGACGAGAUGAAAACCAAGGGUUUCGAUCCAGCUGAUAUCUCUGACUCUGUUUCUCGUUCCCCAUCCCCUGAUUACUCGGAAGCCGAAGAAGAAGAAGAGGACGAGGAGGAGAAGUCUUCACCACCGCCUAAAAAGACAAAGGCUAGCGCACUUUCUGCUGCCCAGUCACAAAAUACCACAUUCCUCCCAUCUCUGAUGAUGGGUGGCUACUGGUCAGGCUCCGAAGAAGCGACUGAUGACGAAAAAGAGGCUGCCCCUGCCCCGCGCAAGAAUCGUAUGGGUCAACAAGCGCGGCGCGCCUUAUGGGAGAAGAAGUACGGUGAGAAGGCAAACCAUGUACAGGCUGAGCAGAAGAACCAGAGGCAUAACAGAGAUAAUGGAUGGGAUAUGAAGAGGGGAGCAACUGGCACUGCGGGCAGUGCUGGCCGAGGACACAGUGGUGGAUAUGGUGGUGGAUAUGGUGGUGAUUCCGGACGACCUCUUAAUCGAUCGGAACGACGUGCUGGCGGCUACCCAUCGGGUCAGCCAAACAGGGCCCCUCCUCCUAAGGAUGAUGGACCGGUUCACCCAUCGUGGGAAGCGAAGAAGAAGCAAAAGGAGAAAAACGCUAUGGCAGCUUUCGCAGGAAAGAAGGUUGUAUUCGAUUAG